AUGAACCGCUCACCAACACUUGAUCCUCAUGUCCUUACCAUUGCAGAUCUCAAAGAGGCAGCAUGCCGUGAUAUGCCGGCAAUGUAUAGAGACUACUACAACGAAGGAGCCAUGGAUCUGAUCACUCUCAAGGAUAACGAAGCAGCUUUUAAUCGGUACAAGAUCAGACCUCGAGUCUUGGUGAAUGUAGCCAAGAUUGAUCUUGAAACCGAGAUGUUUGGUAUCAAGACUUCAGCACCUUUCGGAUUCAGCCCAGCAGCUAUGCAUGGACUCGCUCAUCCAGACGGCGAGCUUGCGACUUCUCGUGCUGCAGCAAAAGCGAACAUCUGCAUGGGUUUAUCAGUAUUCGCAACACAGAAUCUCGAAGACGUGAUAGCCCAAAGCAGAGGCAACCCGUACUUUAUGCACAUCUCUAUGAUCAAAGACAAAGUGGCGUGUGCAAGAACGAUUAAGCGUGCUGAAGCUGCUGGAUACAAAGCCAUCUUUCUGUCUGUGGAUGUACCAGUACUCGGACAAAGAUUGAACGAGCACAAGAAUAAAUUCGAGCUACCUGAAGGACUCCAGUGGCCAAAUCUAACCGCUGUAGGCGAGGGGCUAGAGUAUGAUGCGACGAUUGAGUGGCACACUGCGAUACCGUGGAUGCGAUCACAGACUAAGCUGGAGAUAUGGCUGAAAGGCGUUGCAUCACCAGAAGACGUUGCUCUGGCAAUUCAGCACAAAGUUGACGGGAUUAUGAUCUCCAAUCAUGGUGGUCGACAACUCGAUGGCGUUCCUGCAACACUCGACAGCCUUCGAGAUUGUGCAUCUGUCGCGAAAGGUAAGAUACCGAUUGCGUUUGAUGGUGGCGUCAGAAGGGGCAGUGAUAUCUUCAAAGCGUUGGCGCUAGGUGCCGACAUUGUGUUUAUGGGACGAGUGCCGAUAUGGGGACUUGCUUAUAAGGGGCAGCAGGGUGUUGAACUUGCUGUUAAGAUCUUGAUGGCCGAAUUACGUAUGACCAUGGCAUUGGCUGGAUGCCGGACUGUAAAGGAGAUAAAUAGAGGGCAUCUUGCGGUAUUGAAGGGUGACGGUAUGCUGUGUAAGCUGUGA